AUGGGCUUCUACUCCAAGGCAAGAUUGCCCCGGCCAAGCAUCCAUGACCCUUCUGUCAAGCUACGCCGGCUGGCGCUAUUGAAGGCGGCGACUAUCAACCUGCUCGUGCUGCAAUUUCUGUUCCUCGGGCUGUUCUGCUACAUCUUUGGCUCCUUGUUCCAACAGAACACGCACAUCCAUAAUAUCAACGUCCUUUUCGUCGACUACGAUGGAGGCGCCAUCGGUACAGCGGUACGCGAUGCCUAUCAGGAGUUAGAAGGACCGAGUUUCCCAACUCUGGACCAGCGCCCGACUUUGGUAUAUCCCGAACCUGACUCCAUUGAGGAAGCUGUAUGCAACAUCAAGUUCUGGGGAGCUUUGUACAUCACCGCCAACUCAUCCAAUGAUCUCACUGCUGCUCUUGCCGGUGGAUCGGCUGCUUCAUUGUAUAAUACGAGCAACGUUCUCACCUUGAUCUGGAACGAAGCCCGCUACCCGACAACCGUCGACUCAGCCAUCUACGACAAGUUAAUCACCCUCUCCGAAGCCGCGCGAGUGGCCUACAUGAAAAACAACGCGAAGCAGACCAUCCAAUCAGUCAACAGCUCAGACGAUACAGCUCUUUCCGUCUUUUCUAAUCCCUGGACCUUGUCCUCUGUGAAUCUCAAGCCAACCUCACAAGGAUCCCGCCUAAUCUACAACACCCUCGUUAUAAUCCUAAUCAUGAUCCAAGAAUUCUUUUACUUGGGUUACGUCAACGGCCUCUAUCAACAAUUCAACCUCUACCUAUCCAUUAAACCGCGACGAAUCGCCAUCGUCCGACAAAUCAUCUCCGGCGUAUACACAUUCAUUGGGUCCCUGUGCACUGCGGGCGCGAUAUGGGCUUUCCGAAACAACUGGAAUGUCAACGGAGGCCAGUUCAUGCUCACUUGGAUGGCGCUAUGGCUGUUUGCGCAUCUGAAUUUCCUCGUCCUAGACGUGGUUACCGUCUGGGUAUCCCCGCCUUUCGUACCGAUGGUAUUCAUAUCGUGGAUCGUGUUGAAUGUCACAUCCAUUCUCCUUCCGUUCGAGUUAUCACCCGCGUUCUACAAAAUCGGUUAUGCAUUCCCUGCGCAUAGCAUCUUCAACGUUCUGAUUGAUAUCUGGUCUGCCGGAUGCAACCCACAGCUCUACUAUGGACUACCCGUUCUCUUUGCGUAUGAGAUAUGUGGUCUCGUGCUUAGCUCGGUCGGCGUGUACAGACGCUCGCACUAUGCUGUGAUCAAGCAGGAGAAGGAUGAGAAAGAUCUCCAUGACCGCGUCAUGGCGGCAAUUGCGGAACAGCAAGAUCAACAAUUGGCGAGGGAGGAGACCCUGGAAUAUCCAGAGAGCAGAGCGACUGAUAGCGAGCGUGAGGAGGGUGCUAGGGAGAGGCGGGGAACUGUGACCACGAUGCUAGAUCGGGGUGACGUUAUGGAUGUGAUUCGACGGGAGAUGUCCCGACCCAGGGACGAGACAUCGAGUAGCCGAGCGAAUAAUGGGCCCUGUUUUGAUCUGCCGUAUAGUGAAUAG